AUGUUUAAUAUCGUAUCUAAUAAUUUUCGGGAAUAUUUGAAAAGACGCUAUCGCCCGUUAUAUUGUAUUUGGUAUGGACGGCGCAAGGACACGUGGAGAAAAACUAGGUUUGCCAUAAAUUCUGUGGCUGGAAUUCUAAUCGCUUGGAUAAUAUGCAAAUUAGUCUUGAUAUCGUUUUCAUUUUCCAAAAGAAAUGAGGAACGUAUUUUAUGGUUGUCAAUGGGUAUUGUUGGUCUGGGCUUUGUAUUCACUGAUGGCGUCAAGUGUAUUACGUUAUUGGUAUUUGUAGCUCUUGUAGGCAAAUCGGGUCGAAGUUAUUUAAGGGCGCUAUGUUUUGCUUACGUUAUAGCAGGUCCUAUUGAAAAUUUAGCAUCAAACGUGGGUGAGGUUGUACGUGUGUUCUCCUGUUCAACAAUAUUAACCUACAAUUUGACUCGUACACGUUUUGAUUUGAUGACCAAGCCAUUUCAGAGGACAGUCUAUCACAUGAAGGAAGAUAUUAAGGAAGUUCAGAAUACAUUCAAUGAUUUAAGGAAUGUGACUAACGCUGUUCAUCAGGAGAUUAUGGGAGAGGACCCGGUUACAACAACGCCGCCUUUAUCACCGAUUACCGUUGCUAACUCUUUCUCAAAUCGCACUGAACCUCUGUCGAAGGGUUUUGUUGAUUCAGGUCUUCUACCGAAUGCUGAGUACACGCAAGAAAAGUAUAAAAAUAAAAUGAAAAAGCGAUGUAUUCAACAGCUGGAUAACGGUAAAGACCGCUGCCGUCAAACAUUUGCCAAUUCAUUGCAGAGAUGUCGUGAUAAAAUGCCAUUUAUAUUGAAGACGCUUCUAUGUUGGCCUUUCAAGGCCGAUUUUAUAUGUAACAUAAAUUUCUUGGGUAAUCCAGAUAGUAUUUGCGAUCCUUCCGACGCGAUUCCUAACAAUUUUGGCGAAGCUUAUGCGGAUUUGGCCGAUACUGAGAACAAACUCUAUACAAACGGCUCAGAUGUGUCAGUUAGCUAUAAAGUGAUCAGCUUGGAAUCAUCGCCGGAGUUACAAUCCGCUAAGGAAACAGCCGACGCCGUCAUGCAGGAAUUUAAUCUUAAAAAACGCUUAUUCAAUGCGAUUCUAAGACAACUUCAAAGGGUUCUAGCUUUUAUGAUAUUACGAGUCUUAUGGGCCUGCGUACAAUACCAUAGCAAAUACAAAAAAGACGUCGAUUUCGACAACAUAUACGUAACUGAAUAUUUUAAACAUGUGGACGAGAGAAGACUUAAGGAGGGCAAAAAUCCAUUAUUGCCAUUAAAAAAGUACGAGAGAAAGAAUUUAGUUGACACUACUGAAGGAUGGGGGCGCACCAAGGAAGAAAAACGAGAUAUUGGUUAUCAUUUAUUUCAAUUUUUUGUGGAAAUAUUUUCAGGAUUCUUUUUUCUAUUUCUUGAUCAUACUAUCGUUGUCUUGUUGCAAAUUGUGCGAGAACAUUCGGAGAUUCAUUUCCUUCAAGAGGGGGAGCAUACAAUAAAAUUUUAUAUCGAAGGAAGUGGACUCAUAGCAAGGCUUCUACGAACGACUAUGCAUAAUUUUAAUAUGCAUGAAACGGUCCAUACCGAGCUUUCUAACAAACAGUGCCUGCCAAAUCCAAAUGUAUUACCUAGCAGUUUCUACUAUAAAUUGUUCAGCCUGUACGCAAUAAUAUUGAUUCUUAUCUAUCAAAGCACGGCUUUUCUGCGCUUAAGACGUGCCACCUGUUCGUAUUUCUAUCGUAAACGCGAAAAAAACCGUGUUUUGUAUCUAUACAAUACUUUGAUGAAACAAAGAAGAAUUUUAAUUAAAACUAUGAUCAAAAAGGCAAAACUGAAUUCAGUUAAUCGACGCGUGCGCCAGCAAGCAAAUUUGUUCCUGAAACUUCGUUUCAUGUAUCCGAGGUACUUUGGAUGGUUGAAAAAGUUUAAAGUUGGACGACGUAAAUGUGUUAUAUGUGACGAAUUUGAAGAUCAUAGCGUUGUAGUUUGUGGCAAUCUGCAAUGUGGAGUUUGUUAUUGUCACGAAUGUUGGAGCGACAUGGAUCGUGAAUGUUUAGUUUGCAAUGGCUUAAUAUCUCAAGAUGUGAUUAUUAACUUUGAAGAAUUCUUUGAAGAAUUUAUAUUUGAGUAA